AUGUACCACGUCUUCACCGCCCGCGACGAGGAGGCUGAUGAGGAGCCCAACAAGAGACCGGCGGCGCCUUCACGACGCAUCUCGACGACCCACGCCUGCACCGAGUGUCGCCGCCGUAAACUGCGCUGUGGCGGCUCGCAGCCAUGCCAGCAGUGCCGAUGGUCGCGCACGCCGCAGUUGUGCACUUUCGCCCAGCCUGCACGCAAGCCGCCAGUAACGCGCGACCUCGUUGACCGCCUGCAAUCCGAGCUCGCCCAGCUGUCUUGUCUCCGCGAGCGACUCUUCCCCGGCCAGAGCAUUCCCGAUCUGCUGAAUCUAUCGCACACCCAGCUCGUCCAUCGAGCCCUCGCGCUCCUCCCAACACAGCCCUCAUCACAACCAUCGCCACUGCUACAACCAUCCCCGGGCCCCUCAGAUGCCAUGCACCCAUACGCCACCAGCCCAGACCCCAUCAGCAAUGUCCGCCCUCCAGCGCCGGCGCCUGCUGCUGCUGCUACCGACUCCGCCAGCUUGGAUGCUCUUGAGCACCUCCCCGACUUGCACCCGUCCGUCGACGAGACCAUCCGCCGAAGACGUGCCGAUCACGGCAUCUCGGACGACGUAAACGGGCUGUCGCUCUCCACCGACCGCAACUCCUCCUACGUGGGCGUCUCCUCCAUCCAGGCUGCUCUCAAGGUCAUCUUCACCAUCAGUCCCACCGCUCGCGCCCAUGUCUCCAGCGCCUCCAUGGUCACCAGUAACCCGAGUAGAGUCCCUUCGCCGCUUCCCGACCAGCUCUCCUCCUCUACACUGCCAUCCCCUGAUGUCGCCCACCGACUCAUUGAUGCUUUCUUCAAUCGUGUUCACACUCUCGUUCCUCUGCUUGACGAAGACGCAUUUCGCCAUACCUUUCUCUAUCUCCAUCGCCGGGAUGCCCCCUGGUUGGCUCUGCUGAACGUUGUGCUGGCAUUGGGCUCGUUGGCAUUGGGCACAUGCUAUGACCACGACCACUUACUUUACUACCGCCGUGCCAACUUCCAUCUCCAAUCCGAAGGCUUUGGGAGCGGACAUCUUGACGUCUUGCAGGCCUACGGCCUGAUUGCUGGCUACUACUUGCACUGGCUGAAUCGCCCCAACGAAGCCAGCGCCAUAAUGGGUGCGACAUUCAGAAUGGCAUCUGCCAUGGGUCUACACCGUGAAUUUGCGACUAGCGGGAACGACCUUGAAGCGCAAACACAAAUCGAACUCCGUCGGAGGAUUUGGUGGUGUCUAUUUACCAUGGAUACAUGGGCACACAUGACCACCGGUAGACCGUCCCAGGGACGCAUGGGAACAGGAGUCACCAUCAAGAUCCCCAGGAUCGCAGAGUGCACGAACAAUGCCCAGUAUCUGGCAUCGUUGAAGAGGCUACCCUUGGUACACAGCGUCAGGUUCUGCAUUCUGGCCACUCGUAUCCAAGACAGCCUGGCCGCUUCGCCCAUCCUGGACCUCGAAGAGGUAGCCACAGUGGAUGCAGAGCUGGUCCAGUGGCACAAUGACAUGCCACCUGUGCUUCGUGACGCUGACCAGCUGCCCCGUGGUUCGAAUCAGGAGCAUGGUCAAACGCAUAUCUUUGAGACCUGCCGCGAUGAUGUUGGAUCAAUUCUUUCCAAAGAGCCCGUCUCGAACCCAUCGGCAGCCCAUCACCAGUCGCAAACUACCUGUCCCGAGAUCCUGCAAACUCCACGCUUGGUCAUGCAUUGGUGGUACUUGACAAUGCGACUACUCCUCUAUCGGCCUUACUUGCUCACAGCCAGCCUUCGUGGACAUCCGCGCAUUGUGUCCAGCGUCGAAGAAUCCGCCGCAGUGGACAAAUGUUGCUCCAUUGCCGGCGAGAUGAUCGAAAAUAUAAAUUUCUCCUGCCCUGGGGAACUCAUUGCAGGCUGGAACGCUGUUUGGCUUAUGUACCAAGCAGUCAUGGUGCCGCUCCUGUCGCUCCAUUCUCGACGCCGCGAUCGCUCGUCUCUCACGGAAACGCAUACGGGACCUGUAGCAGCGUCCCUUCUAGACGACCAUAAGUUGUCAGAUCGAGGGGUUCUGGCUUCACAGGAUGAGCAAGACAAGCUCGUGUGGAGUCAUCAAGUCGAGAUGGCCAUACGUUUCUUUGACCGAAUGUCAGCCUUUUCCAUUGCCGCUGGAAAGAGCAAAUCUGUCGUGGAAAGCCUGUACGAGUCGAGCAAGAUAUUGUCGACGCUGCCUUACACAACGCUGCCUCAAACGAUUUCAUCCUGCCAGAUUCUUGGCAGCUAA